AUGACAAGAAAAGGUCUUGAAUGGCCUUCACAACCUCCACAAUAUUGGUCUGAAUCAACACUCUCUCAUAAUUCCAACUCUAAAAGAGUGAUACCAUCUUUUCUUCUCCACCUUCACCACCGAAAAUUAGCAGCAAAAGAGGGGUUUGAGAGCUCAAAAAUUUCAGCAAGCUUUUCUCCCUACAAAUCAAGAAUUAAAGAAAUCAGACUUGGAUCGGGGGAAAACAAAAGUCGUCGAUUAAUUAUUCUGUUCCGGUUUAUCGUUGUCCGAGAUCAAAGAAAUCGAGAUUUGGACCAAGUACAGGGAAAUGUCAAUCAAAAUGAUCGAUUCGCGUUGAGGGUCAAGUACAUUCGUACUACAACUCGUGAUGAAUUGAUGGAAAAGACCAUGGUUGGACCAUGGCAGUGAGUGUGCUAGUGUAAGACCAUGUCUGGGACAUGGCAUCGGACAGACCGAUGAGUGCUGGUGUAAGACCAUGUCUGGGACAUGGCAUCGGCACAGACAGAGGAGAGUCAGUGUAAUACCAUGUUUGAGACAUGACAUCGGCUCGAGAUGAGUGCCAGUGUAAGACCAUGUCUGGGACAUGGCAUUGGCACCGACAUGUGAUCCCAUGUAAGACCAUAUUUCAGAUAUGGCAUUAGCAUCCUACCAGGUGUAUGAGAUAUCCCGAACAUCCCUAAUAUUACAAGUAGUUCAACAGGAAAUUCAAGGAGUAUGCUCAAGAUAAGUAAGAGUAGGAUAUAUGAGUAUUAUGACUAGGCACAGGUAUGUAUACGAGACUCAUAAAUAAUGUGCUCAGAUUAUGAUGCAUAAUUGACAAGGAUGCAAACGAGUAAGAUGUGUCUAUGAUCACUUGAUUGUUAUGUGCUAAGAUAUAAUAUGCUUUGGUGUAAGUGUGUAUAAGUGAAAGUGAACACAAAGAAUUAAUGAAUGAGUGAAAUUGACAUUAAAACAGUUGUGGGCAGCAGCAUUAGUAUAAAUUUGAAAAAUUACCAAAAAUGGUGUAAAUUGAAUUAAAGACUGGGUGAGAUAUGAAAUUAAAGCUUAAUGAGUCUAUUUUUCUAUAAAAGAAACAGAGUAAGAAAAAGAAGUGUGAAUUAUGAGAUAUUUGAAUUUUAGUGAGACAGGGUUAGAAUGAGUUUCGGAAUCCCCUGUUCCAAAUUUGAAAAAUCAUUAAAAAUUAUAAAAAAAUAAUUAUGGAGUAUAAUUCAUAUGCUUGAAAUUCUUAAUAAGUUUAUUUUCAAGUGAAAUAAACGAGAACAUCAUAUGAAUUUUGUACAAGGAGAAAAUUGAUUUGUAGUGAAGAAGUGUCAGAACUGUUGGACAGCGAAAUAGGGGUAAAUUUAAUGAAUAAACUGUAUUAAUUGGCUAGACCAAAAAUUUUGAAAUUUCUAUGGUAAGAAAUUAUAUGAGUCUAGUUUCAGGAAAAAUUAACGGUUCUUCAUUCGGAGCUCUGUAGCUCGAGAAAUAAAUAAUUUAGUGAUAGUGACUCAAAUAGACAUAUUAAUGUGAACAUUAGUAAUAAGGUGUAAGCAUGUGAUAUAAUGAUUAUAUCAUCUUAAGAAAUUAUUGUGAGGAUUUGUCCACACAAGUUUAUUAAUUUCUUAUUAUUUGCAUAUGAACUUACUAAGCAUUUAUGCUUACUUCCCUUCUCUUUUCCUUUGCCUUGUAGUAUCGCCAAGUUAGCUCGGGGAUCGGUGGAUGUUGGAGAUUUGCUCACACUAUCAAUUGGAAUACUUGGUAUAUCUAGAUGCAUUAAUUUUUGGGUUAUGGCUUGUAUAGUAGGCUUGGUCGUUUUGUCAUAUAUGUCAUAUUUCUUAUGGCUUAAAAUAUGAUCCCUGUUUUGACAAAAAUUUUCUAAAUUUUCCCAAAAGUUUCCAAAGAUCUCGGUUUAGUCUCGAACCAUCCUAGAGGAUGUUUUGGGCUUUAUAAGCCCAUAUAAGAGAAAAAAUGCAUGUGUUAGAAAAGUUUUAAAUAUGACAAAAUUUUAUGACUCGGUUUUACA